CGGAUUUUCGUGGCGGUUUGGUGCUUGCCGCCUUUGUCUGGCCGCGAGUUCCUGGCGUGCGAAUCUUUGGAUUAUUAUUUAGGGCGCGUUCCGUCCGUGCGGUGGGGGUUCUCCUCGCGUCCGUUUUGAUGCGUCCGCACGCAAGAGAUCGUCGCCCCGGAUCGUUUACUUGCCGCGGCCGGCGACCGUCGGUCUCGGCGUCCGCGCCCGCCGCUUCUGGGAUUUCUUGCGGAGACGGCUCCCCCUCCCGUCGUCCCCCGUGAUCCGCUCCGCUCAAGACACGAGCUGGCUAGCUCUACUAAUAGGCUUUCUCCGAUGCCUGUUGCAUCUGCCGCUGAGGGAGUUGCAUAUAAUCUGAGCUGGUGCUCCUCAAGUGUUCGGAAGAGGUCCCUGUUUUAUUCGUUUUUGUUGGUGCGAUUGCGAGUGUAAUGGAGGAAGUGGAGGAAGCGAACAGGGAAGCCGUGGAGAGCUGCCACAGGGUGCUCGCCUUGCUCUCCCAGCCGCAUGACCCCGCGCAGGCCAGGAGCAUAGCUCUGGGCACGGACGAAGCAUGUGCCAGGUUCAGGAAGGUGGUCUCUCUACUGAGCAAUGGAGGAGCGGGGCUAGGAGAAGCCGGGCCGUCAUGCGGAAGCGCAAGCGCAAGCCGUCCUAGAGCUAAGCUUGUUAGCAGAAGACAGAAUCCAGGGUUCUUGACCCAGAAAGGCUUCCUGGACAGCAACACCCCGGUCGUGGUGUUGAACAGCGCCCAUCCUUCUACUACCUCCGCGCAGGUGUACCCUAGAACUGGAGCUCUCGUCGAUGCACAGAGCGUGCACCCCCUCGGAGUCGGAGGACCUCCCAAGCUGGUCCAGCCCUUGUCCGCGCACUUUCAGUUCGGCAGUGUGCCGGCUCGGUAUCAGUUCCCGAAUCAGCAGCAGCAGAAGUUGCACGCCGAGAUGUUCAAGAGAAGCAACAGCGGGGUUAACCUGAAGUUCGAGAGCGCCAGUGGCACUGCUGGGACGAUGUCGUCGGCGAGGUCCUUCUUGUCGUCUCUGAGCAUGGACGGUAGCGUGGCUAGCCUGGACGCCAAGUCAUCGUCGUUCCAUUUGAUCGGUGGACCUGCGAUGAGCGAUCCGCUGAACGCGCAGCAGCCCCCGAGGAGGCGGUGCACGGGCCGUGGGGAGGAUGGGACCGGCAAGUGCGCUGUUACAGGGAGGUGCCACUGUUCGAAGAGAAGGAAGUUGCGGGUGAAGAGGUCGAUUAAGGUUCCUGCCAUUAGUAACAAGAUUGCCGAUAUACCUCCGGAUGAAUACUCGUGGAGGAAGUAUGGGCAGAAGCCAAUUAAGGGUUCCCCUCAUCCUAGGGGUUACUACAAAUGCAGUAGCGUGAGGGGCUGCCCAGCCAGGAAGCAUGUGGAACGGUGCGUAGAUGAUUCGGCGAUGCUCAUCGUGACAUAUGAGGGCGAGCACAACCACACCAGAAUGCCAACAACUCAGUCAGCACAGGUGUAAAGAACUCAUCAUCAUCGCCGCACCUCCUUCCGCAAGUGCCACCAGCACGGGGUCAGGUCAACAAUGAUUUGUGCGGAGACAUUUUCAGCUGUCGUUGAGAUGUUUGGCCCUGCUGCUACUAUCCACAUGAUUUGUAGCGAGAAUGGAGUGGGUGGUGAGCACAAGAUUUUCUUCUCUCUUAUGGAGGUUAUCACAAUGAUGACGAGGAAGAACAAGCCAUUAGAUAGAUAGGACAGCUGAGCUGUUGGUCGGGAUUAGUGUGAAGAGGUGGAAAGGAAAGAUAAAAGUUGGCGGGAAUGGGACAGUUGUGUAAACUUAGUAGAAUGGGGAAGUAGAGAUAGUGCUGUUCUUCUUGGACUAAUCUGAUUCCAUUCCUCACUCACCUGUAUCAAGAUAGCGUCAAAACUGAAAAGAAGUGCACAGCACAGAGGCCGCCUUUUGCUGUUAUAGCAAUUCAUUCGUUCAAUGAUCAGCGGUGCUGCCUUCUAUUA